AUGUCUGCCCUCCAACCGCAACCCCACCCUCGCUCCCGCUACCCACCCCGCAUCACAAUCGACCUUCCCAUCUCCCCCACAUCAUCUACCUUCAACCUCACCCCACUCUCAGCAGCCUUCUCCCACCACUCCCUCCCACCCUCCCCGUACCACCCAUCACCAUACACCUCCCUCCCAACCUCACCUUUAUCGCCAUUGACACCCGGAACAGUGCAGCAGAUCUCGUUUUACGUUCCGCAUUUGCCUGUCGCGACGUCACCGACCACACCUACACCCACAUCGGCGCAUUCGUAUACUGGAAGAUCGGCCAGGCGACCGUUACCCCUCCCCCCGUCACCAGUAUCUGCGUCGCCGAAGGACUACCUACCGCCGAGGACGUCGGUGAGCGUGCCCGAGGGCAAAGGAAGAGGUGUGUGGCGCGAGAUUUCGUUUUAUGUGCCGAGGGUUGAGGAUGUUGAUAUUGGUGAUGGGGUGGAGGUGCCGGCUGCGGUUGAGAGUGAGGUGAAUGAGGAAGGAGGUAGAGAUAUGCAGGGAGCGUCUGAGGCUGGCGAUGGGGAGAGUGGAUGUGGGAAGAAGGUGCAAUCGUCAGCUGGAGAGACCUUUGAUCCGAAAAUCGCGGCGGAUUUGAUCGCCGGUAUUGAGAUUGAUCAUGGACCGAUUGGACCGCUGCUAUCUUCCGCCGACGACGACGACCAAGAAUCGGGAGCCGAGCAACAUCGCUCGGAAGACGAUGUGGACAGCAAAUGGUCCGGCAAGGCGCCAGUGUUGAAAACCGAAGCGAGCGACGACAUAGCUCCUCGACCAGUGGACAUUGGCGAGACUGUCUCCGAAAUCGAGGACGGCGGUUUUGAUGCGGAGCCUGAUAAGGUUGUGUCUGGGAAUCUGGACCAGGAAGGGGAUGUGGGUGAGGAUGAGGAUCGAGAUGAGAACGUGAAAGAGGAUGAGGAUGAGGGCGUGACGGAGGGCUUCGAAGCGGAGGAGGAUGAAGGCUUGGAAGAGGAUGAGAUUGAGGGCUUGGAAGAGAAUAAAGCUUGCCUUCACAUUGUGAAAGAGCCGGAAACCGGACCAAGCGAACCGACCCUUGCCACCGAAAUAGUAUCUACAGAGAGCGACGGCAACGGCUCCGCAACAGAGGUUGCUACGGCAGGCUUCCAUUCCGGCGAAGGCGCGGAAGAUGAGGAUGAGAGCGAAGAUGAGGAUGACGCUGACGAGGAAGAGGAAGACCAAUUUCAAGAAGAAGACGAGGACAACUCGGCAACGCCGACUGAUCACGACCCAUCCUCGCCGGCCGAAAGAGCUUUAGACGUGGAGGCGCAUCGUGCGCUUCCCAUUUUCCCGAUGUUUGCAGCCGAGGCUCAUGACGCAACUUCCGCAAGAACGUCUCAAGAAGCUUCCAUAGCCGUUUCAUCAUCGGAUGCCAAAGGAGGGGAGAACGCGACGGCCGACCACGUGGAGAUUGAGGUAGAAAACAAAGUGCUUGGUGAUCCGGGGGCGGGAGAAGAUGAGGAUGAGUUGGCUGAUGAGCAAAGCGAUGGAACCCAGCUCACUGCCGAUGAUGGAGACGGUCACGAGAUUGGCGGAAACGUCGAGGACCAAGGACGCGAAGGUGACCUUGAAGAUGUCGUUGCCGAGAGUGGGGCCGUGGAGGAGAUCUUGGAUGAUCAAAGGGAUGCGGGAGAGCUUAGGGAAGUAUCUGGGGAAACGAUGUUUGGGAACGAAGGCGACGAGGCCGCUGAUGAGGGUGAAGACGACCUAGAGAAAGCUGUUGACGACAAGGGAGAUGGAGACGAUCUGGAGGUACCUAUCGAUGAUGUAGGAGUCGAAAACUAUCAUGAAGAAGCUGGUGAUGCCGAAGGUGACCAUCAGCAGUCUCUGCAACUCGAUCAGACCAACGGAGGUGAUGCCAACGAAGACGAAGAUGACGCCGAGGACAGGGCGCAAACGCCUACAGAUCAUGAUAUCAUCAUCGGAUUGGCAAUCGGCGGAGAGCCGCAAGAUGUAUCCGAGAGUCUGCCUCCCGGAUUGACCGGUGAAGCGAUUUCGCGGGAACUCGCGGAAGAGCCACCGGCCCCUCAACAAGAGGAAGCGUUCGAGGACAGGGCUCCGACGCCUACAGACCACGAUAUCAUCAGCAUCGCAUCCGUCGGAGGGCCGCAGAAUGUUGCUGAGAGGAUACCUCCCGAAUUGAGCAAUGAAGAAGAUCGACAGCGAGACCUUGAAGUGACACCUCCUUUUUCACCUCAAGAGCAAGCAGAGGGUGUCGAGGACAGGGCGCGGACGCCCACAGAUCACGAUAUCAUCGGUGUUGCAGCCAUCAGAGGGCUGCAAGAUGUUGCUGAGGGAGUGCCUCCUGAAUUGACCAGUGCCAAGACUCCGCGGCAACUCCUUGAAGAGUUUCUCGAGGACAGAACAUCGACGCCUACAGACCACGAUGUCAUUGGAGUUCCAUCCAUAGGGAAUCCGCAAGAUGUUGCUGAGACUGUGCCUGCGGGCUUUAGCCGAGACGUAGCGCCACAUCCCGUCCUUUCCCAUCCAUCAGAGGCUGCCACGAGGGAUGUAGCAACUCCCACGGACAGAGAGGAUUUCGAGGACAGGGCACCAACGCCGACAGAACAGGACAGCAUUGGAUCCUCGCACAGCAUUGUCGCUGACACUGACAAUAAGCCUGCCGACUUGACCAAUGGAGACCCCUUCGAAGUGCAACCUCACGUGCUUCUAGGUCCAUCAGAGGUCGCGGUGAGGAAUGUAACAACUCCCACUGAGGGAGAGGAUUUGGAAGACAGGGCACCGACGCCGACUGAGCACGACAUCAGUGGAUUCCCGAACACCGAGCGGCAAAUUGUCGUUGAUAUUACGCCUGUCGACUUCGCCACUGAAGAGAAUCCGCCGCCAAUCCCCAAAGACCGCUCUCCCACUUUCCCACUUCGAGCACGUAUACCAUACGUGAGGAACGUAACUCCUCCCACGUCACAUCUGACCCAAUCGGAAAUCGCAUCCAUCCUUGACCUUGACGCAGAAGAGUCCGAGUUGCUCAGGCUGGAAAAUGCUCAACUGGAGGCAGAGCUGGCUCGGUAUCGAGUGAUCCUCAUGAAAUUAGCAAUAGCGCAGAAAGCGGAGGAUACUCAAUGUAUCAAAACUUCUUGUUGA